UUUAAAGCAAAAGAGCCUCUCCUCCUCUAUAAAAUCACAACCCCAUGUUCAUAUAUUCUCAAGAAAACAAUGGCCCAGAAAGCAACCACUGAACCCAUUUCAACAUCCCGGAUCUCAUUCUCCAGUGAUUUCUUCCUCGACGAAAGCAACUUCAUCUCCAUCAACCCACAUUCUCAACCCGAGGAGAAGGGCGGCGGCAGUAGUGCUGCCGGUGAGCUUUUCUGUCAAGUAUUGCAGCGGUCCCGGGAGCAUGACGGUAAAACCGGAUUCGGAGGAAAAACGGUUAACGAAGAAGACGAGGGAAAAGCGGCGAAGAAAGAGGAGAGGAGGGCGAGUUUGUUCGUCGACGAUGACGAGUCCUCGCCGAGGCCACCGAGAUGCACGGUUUUGUGGAAAGAGUUGCUGAGGUUGAAGAAGCAACGUGCUUCUUCUAUGUUCACAUCGUCUUCUUCAAGGAGUAGUGUGAAGACGAGAAAAGGGUUGUUUGAACAUAAGUGAAUAUCAUUGAAGGUUGAGUUUGAUCCGACAUUCUAAGGGGUUUUGUUUGGUUGUUG